AUGGACCAGCAUCGGGUGAAGGAAGCGUUGUCAGCUUCUAGCUUCUAUUUUUUUGAUAUCAUCCUUCGUGCAUUGCGACUAUUGCGCAUACCAUUAUCUGUGCUACUCUUUCUCUGGAUGCUGGCAUCCACCAUGAAGCAUAUUUCCAGCACACUACACACAGCAUUUUACCCAAUGUGCUUUCUUCCUUUGGUAUCAAGGUCGGCGUUGUGCAUCGAGUUUGUAUUAGCGCGCAGUCCACAGCAGGCAGACUUCCCCCACCUCAUGCAAUAUCAAAGCCGGAUGUUUGAGCAAAUUUUGGAUGGUUCGGUCAGAGGAUCUGGACUUUCCCUCGAAAUACGAAAGGCAGAAUUUGCAACAGCUGAUCUUGCAACUCUGGUCCGCCAUAGCAACCUCCUCAAGUCUAAUGAUGCUCUAGCUGAUCUCCUAGCGACAUUUGUCAGAGAUGCCAAGAUGACCGCAAGGAGUCUCAUCAAACUUAGUUCAAAAGUUGCUGGCGCAGUUGAUAACAUUAUGGCAGUAAAUCAUUAUGCAAUGCGCACUGUAGAAGAUGCUGGCGAAAAUGCACCAUCACCAUUUUCAAUCAUGGCUUUUGCUCCAUUCCGCACGACACCCACCACGCAAGACAUUAUAAUGGAUGCAUUCUCCAGCGCCAUGGAAGCCUUCUCAAGAGCCAUACAACGGCUAAUUCUGGAAGCCGAGAUAUGUUUGCGCAACUUAAAUAUGCUUGAGGAAGAUCUGUCUGCCAUACGCGAAGCUGUGAUGCGAGAAGAUGCAUUUAUUGCGGCGGAGAAGUCUCUCCUCCUGGAGGCAUUGUGGACUAAGCUUGGUGGAAACCGACAGACACUCAGGGGAUAUGAGCAUCACGCAAAUUUGCUCAUGGAUGUCAAUGAUUAUCGGAAGCAAGCACAGGUCCACAUCAUGGCUGUGCUCCAGGUUCUGUAUUCGAUGAGUGAAGAUAUGGAAGAUUUACGGGAGAGGGCAGCAGCUCCAGAACUGGUUGAUGAGAGGAUUCCAAUUCAAGUUCAUAUUCAGAGCAUUCAGAAUGGACUCCAGCGGCUACAGGAAGGCAGGGCGAGGGCAAAAUACAAGGAGGAAGAUGUAAUGAGGAAAGCAUUGGGGUUUGCAGCCAAUGAUCAUAGCUGA